GCUCUGAGAAAAGCAGCUCAUCAUCUCAGAGGGACCGCAGAGAGAGAGAGAAAGAGAGAGAGAGAGAAAGAGAGAGAUCCAGAAUAAUAAAUGCUGAAAUAAAGCAGCCGGAACCGCAGUUUCUCCGGUGCAGCUCGAGCAGACCCGGUGUGUCGCGAUGGGGAACCGGGGGAUGGAGGACCUGAUCCCGCUGGUCAACCGAAUGCAGGAUGCGUUCGCCGCCAUCGGACAGAACGCGAACCUGGACCUGCCGCAGAUCGCGGUGGUGGGCGGACAGAGCGCCGGGAAAAGCUCCGUGCUCGAGAACUUCGUGGGGAAGGACUUCCUGCCGCGCGGCUCUGGGAUCGUCACCCGCCGACCCCUCGUCCUGCAGCUCAUCAACUGCCCCACAGAAUAUGCCGAGUUCCUCCACUGUAAGGGGAAGAAGUUCACAGACUUCGAUGAGGUGCGUCAGGAGAUCGAGGCGGAGACGGAUCGAGUCACAGGACAGAAUAAAGGCAUUUCUCCCGUGCCCAUCAACCUGCGCGUCUACUCCCCAAACGUGCUGAACCUGACUCUGGUGGAUCUGCCGGGGAUGACUAAAGUGCCGGUGGGAGAUCAGCCCGCAGACAUCGAGCAUCAGAUCAGAGACAUGCUGAUGCAGUUUGUGACCAAAGACAACUGUCUGCUGCUGGCCGUGUCGCCCGCCAACUCUGACCUGGCCAACUCUGACGCCCUGAAGAUCGCCAAAGAAGUCGACCCGCAGGGUCUGAGGACGAUCGGUGUGAUCACUAAGCUGGAUCUGAUGGAUGAAGGGACUGAUGCUCGUGAUAUCCUGGAGAACAAGCUGCUGCCGCUGCGGAGAGGUUACAUCGGUGUGGUGAACCGCAGUCAGAAAGACAUCGACGGGAAGAAGGAUAUUAACGCAGCUAUGGCGGCGGAGAGGAAGUUUUUCCUCUCUCAUCCCGGUUACAGACACCUGGCCGACCGCAUGGGAACGCCGUUCCUGCAGAAAACCCUCAACCAGCAACUGACCAAUCACAUCCGAGACACGCUCCCCGCGCUGCGCACCAAACUGCAGAGCCAGCUGCUGUCCAUCGAGAAGGAAGUGGAGGAAUACAAGAACUUCCGUCCUGACGAUCCGUCCCGGAAGACCAAAGCCCUGCUGCAGAUGGUGCAGCAGUUCUCGGUGGACUUCGAGAAGCGCAUCGAGGGCUCUGGAGAUCAGAUAGACACGUAUGAGCUGUCUGGAGGAGCCAGAAUCAACCGUAUCUUCCACGAGCGCUUCCCGUUCGAGCUGGUGAAGAUGGAGUUCAAUGAGAAGGAGCUGCGGAAGGAGAUCAGCUACGCCAUCAAGAACAUCCACGGCAUCAGAACUGGGCUCUUCACGCCGGACAUGGCCUUUGAGACCAUUGUGAAAAGGCAGAUUGGGAAGAUUAAAGAGCCGUGCCAGAAAUGUGUGGACAUGGUCAUUUCUGAGCUGGUCAAUACUGUUAGACAGUGUACCAAGAAGCUGGCCCAGUAUCCCAUGCUGAGAGAAGAGAUGGAGCGGAUCGUCACGCAGCACAUCCGCGACCGCGAGAGCCGCACUAAACAACAGGUGCUGCUGCUGAUCGACAUCGAGCUGGCGUACAUGAACACCAACCACGAGGACUUCAUCGGGUUUGCCAAUGCUCAACAGAGAAGCAGUCAGAUGAACAAGAAGAAAGCGGCUGGUAAUCAGGAUGAAAUCAUGGUGAUCAGGAAGGGAUGGCUGACCAUCAAUAACAUCGGCAUCAUGAAGGGCGGCGCUAAAGAGUACUGGUUUGUCCUGACGGCCGAAUCUCUGUCCUGGUACAAGGAUGACGAGGAGAAAGAGAAGAAGUACAUGCUGCAGGUGGACAAUCUGAAGUUCAGAGACGUGGAGAAAGGCUUCAUGUCCAGCAAACACAUCUUUGCCCUGUUCAACACCGAGCAAAGGAACGUGUACAAGGACUACCGUCAGCUGGAGCUGGCCUGUGAGACCCAGGAGGAUGUGGACGGGUGGAAAGCGUCGUUCCUGCGUGCCGGCGUCUAUCCUGAGCGCGUGGUGGAGAAGGAAAAGAGCGACGCUGGAGACGAGAACGGGUCGGACAACUUCAUGCACUCCAUGGACCCUCAGCUGGAGAGGCAGGUGGAGACCAUCCGAAACCUGGUGGACUCCUACAUGAGCAUCGUCAACAAGACCGUACGAGACCUGAUGCCCAAGACCAUCAUGCAUCUGAUGAUCAAUAAUACGAAGGAGUUCAUCAAUGCGGAGCUGCUGGCUCAGCUGUACUCGUGUGGAGAUCAGAACACGCUGAUGGAGGAGUCGGCCGAACAAGCGCAGCGGCGAGACGAGAUGCUACGCAUGUACCACGCGCUCAGAGAAGCACUGAACAUCAUCGGAGACAUCAGCACCACCACCAUCUCCACCUCUCUGCCUCCACCUGUGGACGACUCCUGGCUCCAGGUGCAGCGCAGCGGCUCGGGAGGAAGGUCUCCGGCGGCCAGCCCGACCCCUCAGAGACGGGCCCCUCCUCCGGGGCCUCCUGCACGCCCAGGCUCUCGUGGCUCCGCCCCAGGGCCCCCUGCAGCCGGUGGGCCACCGGUUCCCUCUCGCCCGGGAGCCUCUCCGGACCCCUUCGGCGGCCCCCCCCCUCAGGUCCCGUCCCGGCCUAACCGUGCUCCUCCCGGCGUGCCCAGAAUUACAAUCAGUGACCAAUGAGGACUAACGCUUCUGCCGACGACCCCCAGCAUCACCUCCUCGACCCAACCGACCCACAGACUCCUCCCUCUUAUACUAGUAGCCCCUCCCACACCCGUGACAGACAGCGAGGACAGACACGCCCACCCCGCCAGAACUCCUCCCCUCCUCUCUCCUCAACUCACACACAAACACACACACACAUCAUACACAGUUAAGCUCAACAACUCAUGAGCCUGACAACAAAAGCUAGAUGAAUGAGCACAGGGUUUGAUAAAUGCAUUUUCAGUUGCUAUAUUUAUUUUCUGUGGUUUUUAAGCUUCUUUUGGCUUUCAGACGCUUGAUUUCCUGCUGUUUAAGGAUGCAUUAUCUCUCCAAAGUGUGAUCUGGAGUCUCGUGAUAACUGCAUCUUCUGGAAUGAGCUCGUGUGCAUCUGUAUUUCUGUUCAUUACUUUGGCUCUUCUUGUUUUUGUUUCGUAUGUGUGUUUGGCUGCAGUGGUCCCUGAGCUCACGGGCCAGAAGACGACACCAGACUCCCCGAAGGCCGGUCAACUACAGGUGACCCUUCUCGCCCCGAGAGCCCCUUUACUCCACCAGACCCUUAGCAUCAUUUCUUCUUCUGUUUUCCCCACAACCCGAACACGGACACAAGCAAAGGAACAACUUUCAGAUGUUUCCUGCAUCACCCGGUUUGAGAAAAUGAGUUUCUCUCUUUGGUUAAACCUCCUUCAAGCUCAUGAUUGUGGAGAUCCAGUAUCACAAACAUCAGACCUUCUAGAAACUCCUCACAUUGUGACCCUACAAAGGGAUCGUCUUUCCACACCUGUAUGAGUUUCUUUCUUCUGUGGAACACUAAAGAAAAUGUUUUGAAGAACUAAAUGGUCUCCGGGUCCAUUGACUUCCAUUGUAGGGACAAACAGUCCUGUUGGAAGUCAAUGGAGCUCAAAACUGUUUGGUUCCCAACAUUUUAAAAAAAAUAUUGAAAUAUUGAAGUUGUUUAUUCCCCACAUUGCAAAAAAAAAGAAAAAAAAAAUUUUUUUUGUGUAAAAAGAUAUUUACUGGAAAACCAGACAAAAGUAUUGUUCUAGUUUUUGUUUUGUUAUUUUACAGUGCAGAUGUAUAAGUACGAGGACGUGUGUUCACCUUCAGGUGAUUGUGCUCAGAAAACAUUCAUUCAUUAGUGAAUCUGAACCUUCGGUGGGGCUGGAUUGAAUUAGAGAGUGCAAUAUAUUCACCGGUCAGUCGUACAGUAUCACACUGACCACACCUUCAUGUCAUUUAAACACAAAUAGUGCAGUUUCAGGGUGAACAGACGUUCUCGAGUUCAGUGAGAUGCUUGUGUGUGUACAAUUCAUUUAAUAAGGUGAGACUAAUGCUGAAGACUGGUGAGCGUUGUCCAGAUGAUCAUGUCCAGAUGGUUUUGUUUGGAAUUGAACACCUGCUGUACAGUAUAUAGGCUACUGUGUAACAAACAGCAUGUGAAAGUGCACUAUUCGAUGCUAAACAGAAGUAUACAACAUUGCAUGUUUAAUUCAGCAAGCUGCGUCCAGUUACUUUUUGCAUUUUUAAUUCUCAAAUCUGCACAUUUUUGGUCAUUAGGGUAUUCAUACAGAACAUCUGCAUACUGUGCAUAGUGUACAUACUAUAUUCUGCAGAAACAGUGACAGUAGGAUGAUAUUCUGAACAUGUGUAUGAUUAAAGGUGCUGUAAGCAAUGUUUAGUUUCCACCACGUCAAUCAAACCACUUUUUUGGCAAUCAAAAAUAGUUUAAAGCACCUUUAAACAUCACCGAUGGACAUUUUUUCACGUGUGCGUGGACUUUCCCCGUGCAUUAGAAAUUAUGCAACGUUAUCUCAAGUCUAGGGUUCAUUAUGAAAAUCAAAAGAAAUGUUAAGCUUCAAUGCUGGUCUAUGCAUAGAAAUCACUUUAGUUCAGAUGUUGUUUUGUUGAAAGUGAGAAAAUAUGAGCGCAACCCUCCAUGACAGUGGACUGUAAUUCUGUUGUUUGUUGUAAUAUUAAUCAUAAUUAUAAAGAUGAUGAAGCCCGUUGCUAAUAGUUGACGUUGUGGCAUGACCAGACUGUCUGCGGUUUUAAUUGUACCGUAUCUGUAGUGUUUCCGUCCUCGACAUUCACUGCAAACCUUCCCUGAAUCCACUCUGAGUCUUAGUAAACCCACGAACCAGCAAAGGUUUCUGGAUGUUUAAGAGUUAAAGCGUUUGUCAUGGACUGACUGUAUCUUGAGUGUGGCGAAUCUUUGUGGUGCAUUGUGCUUCCACUGUUUAGACACUAGUCCAUGUGUGAUUACUGGAUGUUAAAUUAUUAUGGCUAAGCGAUGUAUUUAAAUUAAGCUAUUGAGAUGGAGUGUGUGGAGGAAUAAAGCAGGCCUCUUUCUGUGUUUGGACACAAAGGUGUAUUAAUGCUCCGUGUGUGUCGUGUCCUGCUGUGUCUCUGCUUGGGCAGGACGUCGUCAUCAAUAAAGAUCCGUGUACCAAAA